UUUCACUGACUGGAUUGGCUGGAGAAGCAGAUGUGUUCAGCUGGGCAGUUUAUUAAGAGGGCUUCAUGCCAUUGUCAUAAUUUAAACUCUGCAGUGCCCCCCGUACACAGUGACAGCGGGAGCUCAUCGCACGGCAGGAAUGCGAGCACAGCAGUUGUUUCAUUCAUUUCUCUCCUUGUGAAGUGUUCAGGCACCGAGAGCCAUGCAACAGAUGAAAGCCACACAGCUCAGCUGGAAGACCCCCAAACCGACAUGCACUCCCCCCACCCGCUCCUUUCAUGUAAGUGAAGCUGUAGCCUGAGUCCAUCUGUCUAAAGUGAAAUCCUGCUACUCAGUCAAUGUUCCUUGGGAAUGUAUUGGAGAUUUUUUUUUUUUCCCUGAUGCAGCAAACGGGCUGACAAGAGUCGGAGGUCCUAUGCCUGCAAAAAAUAUGCAAACUAAAGUGGAAUAAGCCCCUGUGCGGGUCGGAGAAGUGACCUGAGCAAGUAGAGACUGAGCUGUUAAGCUGCCUGGGCAGAAGACACAGCAGACUGUCAAGAAUGUCAGACGGAAGUGGCCUACAAGGACAUGUAGAUGCUCUGUAUAUCUCAGUGGAAGCUGUCAUUGCCUUAGCAUCUGUCCUGGGAAACACACUGGUGGUGCUGGUGGUGAGAAUAAACCGAGCCUUAAGGGAUACUACCUUCUGUUUCAUCGUCUCCUUGGCCGUGGCAGACAUUGCAGUGGGAGGCUUGGUCAUUCCGCUGGCCAUCGUGAUAAACAUUGGAUUCCGAACUCAGUUCUACACCUGUCUCUUUUUAACGUGCCUGCUGCUGAUUAUCACGCAGAGCUCCAUUCUCUCCCUAAUGGCCAUCGCGAUAGACCGCUACCUGAGAGUCAAGAUACCCACGAGGUACUGCGUCAUCGUCACUCAGCAAAGAGCUUGGAUGGCCGUCAGCCUGUGUUGGCUGCUCUCCAUGCUGACAGGCCUGGUUCCCAUGCUUGGUUGGCACAACAAGGAGGUGCUCCAUUCCAAGGAAAGGAACAUCAGCUCAGGAAACAUUGUCUGUCAUUUUUCCACGGUGAUGCGAAUGGACUACAUGGUUUACUUCAAUUUUUUCGGGUGGGUGGUCCUACCCCUGACCAUCAUGGUAGGGCUCUACAUCGAAAUCUUUCACGUGAUCAGAAAACAAAUGAACAAACGGGCCCAGUCGUCCACCGACGCUAGCAAAUAUUAUAGAAAAGAACUCAAGCUGGCCAAGUCCUUGGUACUGGUGGUGUUCCUUUUUGUCAUAAGCUGGAUGCCCCUGCAUAUAAUGAACUGCAUCAGUUACUUUUGUCCACAGUGUCAAGUACCCAAGAGCGCCUUAUACGUUGGCAUAUUCAUGUCGCAUGCCAACUCGGCUGUGAAUCCUUUGGUGUAUGCUUUCAGAAUAAACAAAUUUCGAAGCACGCUCAUCCAGAUUUGGAAGAAUUAUGUGUUGUGUGAAAAUGUCAGUGCAAGUUCAUGCAAUGUAAUCUUGGAAAAUGCUGCAGAGAAAAAAAUAAACCAAAAACCUUAAUAUCUAGUCAUGCUUGUUAUUCAGGA